UCCCGAGUUGUCCCGAGAGCUCCCGAAAGCUGCCGAGCGCCGGCCGAGCGCGGCCGAGCAGUCGCUGAGGGGAAGGCGGCCCUCCGGCGGCGCGGAGGGAGCGGGGUUUCGGGGUGAUCCUGUCCCAGCCAUGAUCGAGGUGGUGGCCAAGCUGGGCCGCGGGCCCGUGUUUCUGGCUGGGGAGAUGCUGGAGUGUGUGAUCACCUUCACCAACCCCUUGUCGGCCGCCUCCACCUCCGCCAGCAGUGAGAUGCUGGCAUGGGCCAGUGCCCAGAUCCACUGCCAGUUUCAUGCCAGUGAGAACCGCGUAGUGCUUCCUCCAUCUGAUGGCAGCAAGCCUGACGUACAAGCAGAGAACGAGACGGUCUUUGUUCCCAACAGAGGAGAGCGGGGUCAGUGUAUCCUGUCUACACCACCAAAGAUUCUCUUCUGUGACCUGCGACUGGAUCCCGGGGAGUCUAAGUCCUAUUCGUACUGCGAGACGCUGCCCAUAGAUGGCCCUCCCUCUUUCCGAGGACAGUCAGUGAAGUAUGUAUACAAGCUGACCAUCGGCUGCCAGCGGGUCAACUCCCCCAUCAAACUCCUGCGCGUGCCCUUCCGUGUCCUUGUGCUGCACGGCCUCAAGGAUUACCAGUGCCCACAGGAUGAGGCUGUUGCGCCCUCAAACCCCUUCCUGGAAGAGGAGGAUGGCUUGAAGAAAGACUCUCGCCUGGCAGACCUGGCAACGGAGCUGCUCAUGGCAGCCACCUCCCGACGCAGCCUGCACCUGUACAACAUCAGCAACAACCGUGGGAAGGUGGGCACAUUCUGUAUCUUCAAGACCGUAUAUAAGAUUGGAGAAGAUGUCAUUGGGACCUUUAACUUCUCAGAAGGAGACAUCCCAUGUCUACAGUUUUCAGUGAGCCUGCAGACAGAAGAGAGCAUCCAGGAGGAGUUCCAGAGGCGACGGGGACAGCCUGUCUCCUUCAGCACACAUGCCCGCCAUCAGGAGGCCUGCCUGCACACAGCCCAAAGCAGUUUCAACCUGCCUAUCCCACUGAGCUCAACUCCAGGAUUCACCACCAACAUUGUGUCGCUGAAGUGGAGGCUGCACUUUGAGUUCGUGACUUCUGGGGAGCCAGCGAGGACAUGCAUGGUUCGUGGGAGCCAGUCAGAGGCCAUCACCUGGACUGGGGUGGAGCAGAUUGAAGUGGACACUUUCAGCUGGGACUUACCCAUCAAAGUCCUUCCCACGAACCCCAUCCUGGCCUCCUAUGUGUCUCAGUUCUCUAGCGCCAACUCCAUCACCAUCUGAAGUGGAGAGAGCCAGGAGGAGCCCGCAGUUUUGGAGGGAUUGGCCGGCAGGACCGCCACCAGUGUGCUGCAGGGUGCACACCUCAGUAUUCCCCAGGUUCGUUUGCAGCACAUGGAUGGGCACUGGGCAGGUCUGUCCUGCCGGUGGGCAGAAGGGCAUUGCGCCUGCUGUAGUGCUCUGUGCCACAGCCUUCAGCUGAGGGCCUGACCCUUUGUGCCUGUGUGAGCGUGUGAGUUGCAGCCCUUGCUGCAACAAGAUCUGCUUCCCAGGGAAUGGCCUUGCAUGUACCUUUACCCCACAACAAGUUCUCAGGAGAGAAUGGCCCAGCCCAAAGAUCCUGGAGCUUUUCAGAGAAGCCCCAUGCUGGCUUUGCAUGAAGGUCCCGCACGCCAGUCUCAUGCUGCCAGCUUAUGCUGGGCUGGAUGUGGCCAAAUGCUGUGGCAGCUCCAGAUGGAGCAAGGUGGCAGCAGCAUAGUGAUGAUCCAAAGCUGUGAAAUGCUGAGCACCUGGGCUGUUCUCUCCUUCUGCUCCUGUGCUCAAAGGUGUCUUGCUGGUCUUGGGAUCCUUGAGGAGCUGAAGUGAAUGCACACUGGGCAUUCAGGAGCUGGGAUAGAGGUCUCUCUGCUCAACAGCCAGCUCUGCAUUUCUACCAGACCUUUCAGAGAGUUUUCCUCUUUGCAUGGAAAUCUAAUAAACACCAGAAAAUGCAAAA